AUGGCUGAUAAGUACAACGUCGAGGAAGCUGAGGCUUUGGCCAAGAGAGCUUUGCAUUUACCAAUUGCACAGGCGACGCCGAUCUAUGAGCAGCUUUUGUCUCUGUUUCCCACUUCUGCAAGAUAUUGGAAGCAAUAUGUGGAGGCACAAAUGGCUGUAAACAAUGACGAUGCUACGAAACAGAUAUUUAGUCGUUGCUUGUUGACAUGUCUCCAAGUUCCUCUUUGGCAAUCUUACAUUCGCUUCAUCAGAAAGGUCUACGACAAGAAGGGAGCAGAAGGCCAAGAGGAGACAACAAAGGCUUUUGAGUUUACGCUUAAUUAUAUUGGGACAGACAUAGCAUCUGGGCCUAUAUGGACUGAGUACAUCACCUUUCUAAAAUCUAUGCCGGCUCUUAACCCUCAGGAAGAUUCACAACGAAAGAUUGCACUUCGAAAAGUGUAUCAGAGAGCUAUAUUAACUCCAACUCACCACGUUGAACAACUUUGGAAAGAUUAUGAAAACUUCGAAAAUACUGUUAGCCGUCAAUUGGCCAAAGGACUUGUUAAUGAGUAUCAACCUAAAUUUAACAGUGCCAGAGCUGUAUAUAGGGAGCGCAAAAAGUACAUAGAAGAAAUUGAUCUGAACAUGCUUGCUGUACCACCAACAGGAUCUUUCAAGGAAGAAGCUCAGUGGGUGGCUUGGAAGAAGUUUUUAUCCUUUGAAAAAGGAAACCCCCAAAGGAUUGACACGGCCUUAUCAAAUAAGCGGAUUAUAUAUGCCUAUGAACAGUGUCUGAUGUGUUUAUAUCACUAUCCCGAUGUAUGGUAUGACUACGCUGAGUGGCACAUAAAAUCUGGUUCCACAGAUGCUGCAAUCAAAAUAUUUCAGCGAGCUCUUAAAGCUAUUCCUGAUUCAGAAAUGUUGAAAUAUGCUUAUGCUGAGUUGGAGGAAUCUCGUGGAGCGAUUCAGUCAGCAAAGAAAUUAUAUGAAAGCAUUUUGGGGGUUAGCACAAACUCUUUGGGACAUAUACAAUUCCUUCGUUUUCUCAGGAGGGCCGAGGGUGUUGAAGCUGCUCGCAAGUACUUUCUCGAUGCUAGAAAGUCUCCUAGCUGUACAUAUCAUGUGUAUAUUGCUUUUGCUACAAUGGCCUUUUGUCUUGACAAGAACCCAAAGGCUGCUCACAAUAUCUUUGAGGAAGGAUUGAAAUGCUAUAUGAGUGAACCCAUUUACAUCCUUGAGUAUGCAGAUUUCUUGACUAGGUUGAAUGAUGACAGAAAUAUCAGAGCUCUAUUUGAACGUGCAUUAAGCACACUACCAGCUGAAGAAUCUGCUGAGGUGUGGAAAAGAUUCAUUCUAUUUGAGCAAACAUAUGGAGAUCUUGCUAGUAUCUUAAAGGUUGAGCAGAGAAGGAAAGAAGCACUUUCCGGGAAAGGGCAAGAGGGAUCUCUUGCUCCAGAGAGUUCACUUCAAGAUGUUGUUUCUCGGUACAGUUACAUGGAUCUUUGGCCAUGCACUUCUAAGGAGCUUGAUCAUUUAGCCAGACAAGAGUUGCUUGCGAAGAAUAUGAAUAAGAAAAUAGAGAAGACAAAUCUACCUCAUGGAUCUGGAGCUAUAGGUAGUUUAGCCUCUUCCUCAAAAGUUGUUUAUCCUGAUACAUCUCAGAUGGUCGUUUACGACCCAACAAAGAAAUCAGAGUUUGGUAGUUCUGCAAACCCAGCAUUGAAUACCUUCCCAAGUAAUGCGACUGCAACUGCAACUCAAGGAUCAGCCAGCACAUUUGAUGAAAUACCGAAGACUACACCACCAGCAUUGUUAGCGUUUUUAGCCAACUUGCCGAUUGUUGACGGUCCAACACCCAAUGUGGAUGUUGUUCUGUCAAUAUGUUUGCAGAGUGACUUACCAACAGUUCAAACUGGUAAGCAGAGUUUUGCUCCUAAAGGCAAUGCUCCAGGUCAAAACGAUCCCUCAGGUCCAACCCGUGGUGGGUCUCAAAGAGUAUCAAGAGACAGAAGAGCUACAAAGAGAAAAGAUUCAGAUAGGCAAGAAGAAGAUGAUACUGCACCCAUACAAAGCCAGCCUCUACCUACAGACGUUUUCAGACUAAGGCAAAUGCGUAAAGCUCGAGGGAUCUCAACAUCAUCACAACAGACACCUACCGGUUCCACAUCAUAUGGUAGUGCCUUCUCCGGUGAGCUGUCCGGUAGCACUGGCUAA